GCGUAAACAGAGUUAAGGUAAUGAUGUAAGCACGAAGCACUGUCGUGAUUGGCUAACGGCACGGCCGGCGAGCAUCUUGACCUGACCUGGGAUCGUGUGGCGCCAAAAUGUCGCUCGUAGCGGGGGUUAUUCGGAGGCUGGACGAGACAGUGGUGAACCGCAUCGCGGCAGGGGAAGUUAUCCAGCGACCGGCUAAUGCCAUCAAGGAGAUGAUUGAGAACUGUUUAGACGCAAAAUCCACAAGUAUUCAGGUGGUUGUAAAAGAGGGAGGCCUGAAGCUGAUUCAGAUCCAAGACAAUGGCACCGGGAUCAGGAAAGAAGAUCUGGAUAUUGUGUGCGAGAGGUUCACUACAAGUAAACUGCAAUGUUUUGAGGAUUUAGCUAAUAUCUCUACCUAUGGCUUUCGGGGUGAGGCUUUGGCCAGCAUAAGCCACGUGGCUCACGUUACAAUUACAACCAAAACAGCUGAUGGAAAGUGCGCGUACAGAGCAAGUUACUCAGACGGGAAGCUGAAAGCGCCUCCUAAACCAUGUGCAGGCAAUCAGGGCACCCAGAUCACGGUGGAGGACCUUUUUUACAACAUAUCCACAAGGAGGAAAGCUUUGAAAAACCCAAGCGAAGAGUAUGGGAAAAUUUUGGAAGUUGUUGGCAGAUAUUCGAUACACAAUGCAGGCGUUGGUUUCUCAGUUAAGAAACAAGGCGAGACAGUAGCUGACGUCAGAACUCUGCCCAGUGCCACAACCGUGGACAACAUUCGCUCCGUUUUUGGAAACGCUGUGAGCCGAGAACUGAUAGAAGUUGGGUGCGAAGAUAAAACGCUAGCCUUCAAAAUGAAAGGCUACAUAUCCAACGCAAACUACUCAGUGAAGAAGUGCAUCUUCUUACUCUUCAUCAACCAUCGUCUGGUAGAGUCAACUUCCUUAAGAAAAGCCAUUGAAACAGUGUACGCAGCAUAUUUGCCCAAAAACACACACCCGUUCCUGUACCUCAGUUUAGAAAUCAGCCCCCACAAUGUAGAUGUCAAUGUGCACCCCACAAAGCACGAAGUCCACUUCCUGCAUGAGGACAGCAUCCUGGAGCGGGUGCAGCAGCACAUUGAGAGCAAGCUCCUGGGCUCCAACUCCUCCAGGAUGUACUUCACCCAGACUUUACUACCAACUCUUGCAGGCCCCUCUGGGGAGGUGGCUAAAUCCACAACAGGAGUGACCCCCUCGCCUGCCUCUAAAAGUGGCGACAAGGUCUAUGGCUACCAGAUGGUCCGCACAGAUUCCCGGGAACAGAAGCUGGAUGCCUUUCUGCAGCCUGGGAGCAAAGCCAGCGAGCCCCAGGUCGCUGUCCCAGACGACAGCACAGACCCGGCUGGUGCCAGGCAGCACGACGAGGAAAUGCCGGAACUCCCAGCUCCCGCCGACGUGGCCGCCAAGGAUCAGAGCUUGGAGCGGGGUGCAGCCAAGGGGACCCCGGAAACGUCAGAGAAGAGAGGGUCCCCCCCAAGCCUGAGCAAACCCAGAAAGAGACAUCGGGAAGGCUCCGACGAGGAAAUGGUGGAAGAUGAGUCCCGAAAGGAAAUGACGGCAGCUUGUACCCCCCGGAGAAGGAUCAUUAACCUCACCAGUGUUCUGAGUCUCCAGGAAGAAAUUAACGAGCGGGGACAUGAGACUCUGCAGGAGAUGCUGCACAACCACUCCUUUGUGGGCUGCGUGAAUCCUCAGUGGGCCUUGGCACAGCAUCAGACCAAGCUGUACCUCCUCAACACCACCAAACUGAGCGAAGAACUGUUCUACCAGAUACUCAUAUAUGAUUUUGCGAAUUUUGGUGUUCUGAGGUUAUCGGAGCCAGCGCCACUCUUCGACCUGGCCAUGCUCGCUUUAGAUAGUCCUGAGAGCGGCUGGACGGAGGAAGAUGGUCCCAAAGAAGGACUUGCAGAAUACAUUGUUGAGUUCCUGAAAAAGAAGACUGAGAUGCUUGCAGACUACUUCUCUUUGGAAAUCGAUGAGGAAGGGAACCUGAUUGGAUUGCCCCUUCUGAUCGACAACUACGUGCCCCCUUUAGAGGGUCUGCCGAUCUUCAUUCUUCGACUAGCCACUGAGGUGAACUGGGACGAAGAAAAGGAGUGUUUUGAAAGCCUCAGUAAAGAAUGUGCCAUGUUUUACGCCGUCCGGAAGCAGUAUGUAUCCGAGGAGUCGACCCUGUCAGGCCAGCAGAGUGGAGGCCCUGGCUCCACUCCGCACCCUUGGAAGUGGACCGUGGAGCACGUCGUCUAUAAAGCCUUCCGCUCCCACCUCCUGCCUCCCAAACAUUUCACAGAAGACGGAACUGUCUUGCAGCUUGCCAACCUUCCCGACCUAUACAAAGUCUUUGAGAGGUGUUAACGAGGGUCACGGAAGGACUCUUGAGUGUGCUGUUCACCCUUCGUGUCCUGCUGUGGUAGGUCUUAAGGCUGAAGACUCACAUUUGCCUUC